GACGCGAAUCAUCUUCUUCUUAUUAAAGUAGAAUUUAUACAUCGCUAGUAUCUACUACAACUACUACUCUUACUAUAUAUAGUACAAAACCCAAAAGACAUUCCAAUCGAAAUGUCAUCGUUAAUUUGUGAAAUCGUAUCCGUUGCCUUGCUGUGUACAUGCGUUUUCUUUUCGGUUAAUGGACUUCCACAAGCACCAGAAACGCCCGAACCGUAUGAAUACCAAUAUGAAGUUAAGGACGCUGAAAAGGAAUUAUUCUUUAAUAAAAACGAAGGAGGCGAUGCGGCCGGAAAAGUGUCCGGACAGUAUUCAGUUUGGUUACCUGAUGGUCGUCUUAUGACCGUAGAGUAUACGGUCGAUGGUGAGACCGGUUUUGUGCCUAAGAUCUCUUUCGAUACGACCAAUCCUUUAGGAUAAGAUAACACUAACACAACGAAAUGCCAAUACGAUAAAUUAGGGACAAUUCUUUAACCACGAGCAACUCAAGUGACAUUACUAGGAACAUCAACAUGCAAUUAUAUACAUAAAUAUGUGUGAGCUUUUAAUUUAGUUAGUACGAGCAGCCAAAGCAGCUAUAUCAACAACAGCAACAACAACAACAACAAAACAGCAGUUUAACAACAGUUGGUGAUUACAAAAAACAAGACAAUUUAUCGCUUUCCGAGUAUCCUGUUAACAUAAUGAUCAAAUGUGAUUUUCAGAUUAUUUUAACAGUGUAUUGGAAGAGCGAUUUCCAAAUCAAAACAUACAUACAUACAUACAUACGUACCCAAAAUAUUAGAAAUUUUAUACAAAACAACAUUACUUCAGCUAUUUGUAAACAUAAU